AUGAACAGCUUCUCAACUACACUUCUUGCUAUUGUUUUCAUGACAUCUCCCUUUUUGACCGGGGCGUUCAAUUUUGCGGAUAACUUUGAAUUAACGAAUCUUGAUCAUGCACAUUCAUGGUCGGCAGAGGAAUUGAAGGACCCUGUUAGGAAGUUUUUUACAAGCUUCGAUGACGACCGAGAAGAGGAUUUAGUCAACCAGAUGGAUCCAAAUGCCGAGUUCUACCAUUACACAACGAAAUUCUUGGUAGAAGAUCUUCCUAUACUUUUGGAAAUCCAGUUGAAAGGCCACAGAUAUCAAACAGAAAUAUACAAAAUGAGUCUCUCGCCAGACUCGACUGACAAGAAAGCUAAGAUGGUAGUCUUUGGUAAAGUGAAUACGAGUCUCUCGCCAGACUCGACUGACAAGAAGGCUAAGAUGGCAGUCAAUGGUAAUGUGAAUGAGAUUAUGCAGAGAGAAUCAAGGAGCUUCAAGGUGUUCAUGGAUCUCAUUCGAAACAACGGCGAAAUCAAAAUUAAGAGAUUUGAGCGAGUUAGACUGUAG